AUGUCAAUGGGAGCGUUUGUUGUAACAGAUGAGGAAAGACUCGGUCGGCUGAAUGAUGAAGCCAGAGCAAAGCAAAACAGAGAACUGCCCUUCUCACCAACAGGCAGCCAUACAUUUGAAAGAUUUGCAAGAAAAGUAUUCGCGACCGAGAAACCUUUUCAGCCUGGACCGGGACACCCCAUGACCUACACUUCUGGUGGGAACUUUCUCCAUCGCCCAGUCCUAGAUGUCCCUGCUCUUCAGAUGGGUGCAUCGUGGUUUACAUAUCAGAAUGUUUUUGUACCAAGAUUUUGUCAAAUCAUGGAGCGUGACUUCUUCCGGGUUGGCCUUCAAAAUACAGACAAACAUUGUAAAAUAUACUGGGAAGACUUGCUCGAAUGUCGAGACCAUGAUAAAGCUGUAAAAAAAGAGAGCUUAUAUGAUGGAAAAGGUCAGAAAGAUAAAGAAGAUGGAGCCAAUGUCCGCUUUGCCGUACAGCGCAUAUCACGAUGCCAAUUUCAGAUGACUCUUUACUUUCCACGUGUAUUUCCAGUGACACUUAGUUUUAUCAAUGUAGAUCAUCGUUUUCAAUCUGUGACUAGUAAGAUCGCUUUCUUUUCUGUUUGUUCAACAAUAUAUUACUCAGCUCUCAAAGUAGUCUGUUUUCAAGUUCUUGUCAUCCAGCUAAUAAAAAAACACUCAGUUUCAAAGCUGUUGGAUCAACUAAUAAGCAGUGAUGAUAUGCUUUCAAACGACAUGAAAUAUAUAAGUAAUCGGAGAUUAAAUUAG